UUGUUUGGGUUUUCGUGAUAUUCGUUACUCGGUUGCACACAGUUCUACCUUGAACCUUCCAGUGUUCCUCAAAAGACAAUAACAGUCUUAAGAAAACUCUUGUUAAAAGAGCUAAUUCUUACUAUCAGCUGUCAGCUUAUGAAUUGACGGUGGAGUUUUAUUUGCCUUAAAAAUGAGCCUGGCACCGCACAGCGGAUCGUGUCGCGCAUCACAGCAGAGCUGCUCUGUGACUGGGCUGGAUGAAACAUUCAACAUGAGCAGCAGUGCCAGUUCAGGAGAAUCCCUGCAGGAAGCAGAUUCAACAAUAAUCUCACAGAAAGCAGAUGUGAAGAAUUACAGCAUGAUGACUCCUGCAGAGAAACUAUCGCUUUGUGAGAGACGGGCUCAGUCUUUGGCUGAUAGCGAAGAGUAUGACCCCUGUAUCCAAGAGCUUGUGCGUUGCUUGGCACUGAGCAGACUGGUUUAUGGAAAUGAGCAUUUUGCAGUGGCUCAAGCUCAGUCAAGACUGGCUAAAGCUUACUUGCAAUACAAAGGUUGGGCAAAUCAGGCACAAGAACAUGCAUCCCAAGCACAUGAAGUACUGCGUUCCAGUCAGCAGGAGGAGAGAGUGAGCUGCCUCAACUGCUUCCUCACCAUACAUCAGACACUUGGAAGUGCCGCUCUACUGCUUGGAAAUUUAGCUGAGGCUGAGUCAAGCUUUCAGAAGGCAGAGAUUGUCAUGGGAGACAUUGUAGCACAGGAAGCCAUGGGGAAGGAGGACAGAGUGGACAUUGAGUAUGAAAUAUUUACAAAUUUAGCAAGAGUGUACCAACGGCAGGGAAGGCCUGAGAAGGCCCUCAGUCAAUGUGAAAGAGCCUUGGAGCUGCUUCAGGAAGGAGCUCAUCUCAGUCAGAUCUGCUGUGUUUACAGAAACAUGGCGGCUAUUGAACAGGCACAGGGACAUCUGGAUAGAGCCAUUGAACAUCUCCUACAGGCUCAUUCCAUAGCUCUUAGUCAGGGUCCUGGGGGUCUGGAGGGGGCCCAGAUCGCUCACAGCUUGGCUCUGGCCUACUCUUCCACUUCAGAGCCUCAUCACAACGAUUCAGCAGCACGCUUUUUUGAGGAGAGUAUAAGUGCAUAUAGAAGUGCACUAGGCCCACAGGACACACUCACCCUAUCUGCUCAAGAUGACUUCAGUCAUUUCCUGCUACUCACAGGACAACAGGAGAGAUGUGCUGAGAUCCAAAGAGAGUCUCUAGCCUAUAAGAAGAACACAUUUGGUGAGCUGAGUGCAGAGGUGGCAGAAGCGCUGCAGCUGAUUGGUGGAGUGGAGAUGACACAGGGUCAGAUGAGACACGCCCACAGGACCCUAAAGAAGUGUCUGGAUAUUCAGAAUAUGCUAUACGGUCCUCAGCACAAGAAAACCAAAUCCACACAAAGAACCGUGGACAUGCUGUCUCAGUCACCAGAGGUCGGUGAGAGACAAAAGGAAAGCCGUCUUGAAACAAGGCCUCCAUUCUGUGCAGUGGUAUCAUCUGCAUCUGAGGUGACAUCUAGCAUGUCUAACUCAUAACAGCAGUGACCAGCAGAUCUAUUGAAGGUGUCAUGGACCAUCAGGGAUGUUUGACCUCAUCCUAUUUCUCCAAGAGAAAUCUGUGUAUUGGAAAAAAACAAGGC